AUGGAUACUGCUGAAGAACAGGAAGACUUGGAGAUUGAUGCUUUUGAAGAUCGACAUAAGGAUUCAGAGAACAACUUGCCACUAGUUUCAUUAGGUUUAAAGAGUAAAACAGAUGAUGUUGACAUAGAACAACCCUGCAUACAAACAAAUAAUUUAUCAAAACCGUGUGAAGAAAAGAUUAAAUCAAAUUCUAUUGAUCGUAACAUAAAUUAUGACUUACUGCUGGAUCCCGCCUCAUUACCAGUGAGUUGUCUUAUUCACACACCUGUGCCACUGCAUUACGCAUCCUACUUACGCAUACCGUGUUAUCGUGCUCACUUGUGCGGAGUAGUAACGGGCUUAGACUACACAGCCAUGUAUUGCUCACCAACAAAACGCUACGAUAGUGAUCCAGAUCUACACGAAAUGAGAGUAACGCUGCGUAAGCGUAAAUACGAUGAGGAUGUGUCGGAUGCUUUUAGGGUAUUCACAGAGUCCAUAUUAUCAAAACUGGAUACUAUAAAAACUGACUUCGAUGACAAAAUAUCGCAAAUUAAUGACAGUAUAAACACCGUCGUGAAACAAGAUACAAUGAUACCAUUAUGUGGAUGA